UGCGAUUUCAGUUCAUUAAUAGAAAUCGCGGAGUGCGGUUGUUGUUUGACAAUUUCGUAUUACUCAUAUAAACAAAUAUGAAAUUUAUUAUUAUAAUCGCAGUUAUCAGUAUAUUUAUCGGUGCUGGUUAUGUGAAAUUUAAUCAAUUGACACGUCCACUACCUUUGCCAGUUUUGGACACUAAUAGAUAUUGGGGACCAGGCGAUGUCGCAAACUAUAAACCAGAUAAAACGAUAAAGCCAUUUAAAGUAGAAGUCAAAAAAGAAGAAAUUACCGAUUUACAACAACAACUGAACCGCACCUUUAAAUUUACGGAACCUCUGGAGGGCAUCAAUUUUGAAUAUGGUUUCAAUAGUAUAGUUUUAGCAGGAAUUGUCAAGUAUUGGCGUGACACUUAUUUACCAAAAUGGGGGGAACGUGAAAAUUACCUUAAUAAAUUUCCACAGUAUACAACAGAGAUUCAAGGGCUCAAAAUCCAUUUUAUUCAUGCCAAACCCUCCAAAGAAACUGCUGCACAGAAAAAAGUAAUUCCCCUUCUACUUUUACACGGCUGGCCCGGUUCAGUACGUGAGUUCUACGAUUUCAUACCAAUACUAACAGAUGCGAAUUCCAUGAGUGACUACGCAUUCGAAGUGAUAGCACCAUCAUUGGUUGGAUAUGGAUGGUCAGAUGCUGCCGCAAAAACUGGUUUCAAUGCUGCUGAAAUGGCAAUUGUUAUGCGUAAUCUUAUGUUACGUGUAGGUCAUGAGAAGUUCUUGGUACAAGGUGGUGAUUGGGGAUCUAUUAUUGGUGGACUUGUGGCUACAAUAUUUCCAGAUAACGUAUACGGCUAUCAUUCCAAUAUGUGCAUGCUAAACACACCAUUGUCAACAAUUAAACAAAUCAUAGCUAGUUUUGCUCCGGAGAAAUUUCUUCCAUCACGCUUUUUCUACGAACACCAUUUCCCAACAUUGGAAAAACUUGCUUUUCUUAUUGAAGAAAGUGGAUAUUUCCAUAUACAAGCCACAAAACCCGAUACUGUUGGUACAGCAUUGGCUAACUCACCUAUCGGUUUGGCUGCUUAUAUAUUGGAAAAAUUCCAAGUAUCGACUGGUGUUGGUUUAAAUCAGAAAUCAAACGCGUUGGAUAAAGUGUUUACAAUAGAUGCAGUUUUAGACAAUGUUAUGAUCUAUUAUCUAUCAAAUACAAUUGUUAGUUCUGUACGUUUCUAUGCUGAGAACGUGGCCAAAGAAUUUAGGAGCUUACACCUCGAUCGUGUGCAAUCACCAGUGUCCAUGGGUUGCGCAAGAUUUAAAAAUGAUUUACCUCCUGCUUUGGAUUGGCAAUUACGGGAUAAAUACCCAAAUUUGAUACAUAGCAAGUACUUCAAUCAAGCCGGUCAUUUUGCUGCCCUUGAAGUUCCUGUCAUGUUGUAUAUUGAUUUUGCCGAAUUUGUUAAUAAAAUAAAUUUUGAAAAAUAAAAAUUUAUAUUAAAAAAUUUA